UGUUCUUCGUUUGUUUGUUUGUUUGUUCUUUUUGCGUGUGGCUCCGUUUUUGGAAAUCAAUUUUCCGGCAAUUUUUAGGGUUGUUUCUGUUACCACUCCACAGUCUUCAAUCUAAUGAACACAGGACUCACCUCUUCAUCUCUACCUUCAACAUCAUCAUCAGAAAAAAAUGAAGAAGCCGUGCUGAUGAACGGUGGGGGUUCGUCUGAAGAUGUGGAGGAACAGGAACAGGUAAUGAGUGAGGUCCACCUAGGAUGUCCGCCUGGCAUCUCCGGGCCGCACGUUUCCCGCUUCACCAUCUCUCUUCCUCCUGAAGUUGAAUCAAGCAGAUACAAUGAGCUGUUCAAAGUCGAGGAAUCCCCUGCGCAGCAAGAGUUCAUGGUGGACGAAGACGGCGAUCUUGUUUUACCUAGACGCAGCCUUGCAGAGACUCCUGAUCGUUGUUUUACUGUGAAGAUCCGGCACAACAUCACAUCGUCGAUUCCAAAUGUUGGUUUGCAGGUGUGGAAAGCUGAACUGCUGCUGGCUGAUUUUGUGUUGCAUAAGGUGUGCACUUCGGUGGAGUUCGAUGGAAUCGUUGCGUUAGAGCUUGGUGCUGGCACAGGGCUGGCAGGUAUGCUGCUUGCAUGUGUCGCCAAGACUAUAUUCCUAACUGACCAUGGUGACGAAGUUCUGGAUAACUGUUCAAAGAAUGUUGAAAUUAAUGCUGGAGUAUUGAGUUGUCAAGCUUCAAUUUAUGUGCGUGAACUUGAUUGGUUGAGCCCUUGGCCUCCUAAUGUUAGCUUAGAUCCCUCAUCUCAAAAUAGGUAUUCUUGGACCUCCAUUGAACUUGAAGAAUGUCAGGGAGCUUCUCUACUUUUAGCUGCUGAUGUUAUUUACAGUGAUGAUCUGACAGAUGCGUUAUUUGGCAUUUUAGAGCAAUUAAUGCCAGUAGGCUCAGAUAAGGUAUUAUACUUGGCAUUAGAAAAGCGCUACAACUUCAGUCUCAAUGAUCUUGACGUGGUUGCAAAUGGUUAUUCACGCUUCAAAAGUUAUUUGCGGGAAGAGGACAAAGGAUGUGGGGGUUUCAAGUGUGAACUAUUGCCUAGUUUUAUUGGCAAACGCAUGAAUAUUGCUGAAAUCCCACAAUAUGUAAGGCAUUAUGACAGAGGAAAUGACGUUGAACUUUGGCAGAUUAGAUGCAAUAAACAAAAACCAUACUCCAAGAGUCAGCUUAUAGAGUGCAUGUAAAGGGGAUGUUAAUGCAAAUAAUUAUUCGGGCCUGAGCAGGAGCAGUUCUGCUUGGUUGUCUGAACAUGAGAAGAUGGGACAGAUUCCUACGAAGAAAAUGUCGAAGACUCAAAAGUCAAAAUGCAAUCCCUUCCCUUGCGCCAAAGCUAAGGGGACCAGUUAACAAAGCCACUUUUGAUGCAAAUCGUGCAAUGCACCGCACCGCAAAAUAUGGAUAGAUUUCUUACCUUUCCUCUGUAAGCUAUGGCCCAGUUUUAUUAUUAUUAUUAUUCCAUGGCUAAGCGGUUUGCUUUGAUUUUUCUAUUUUGGCAAUUUAGAAAAAAAAAUUUUAAAAGAAGAAAAUUCCAGGUAGCUA